AUGGCUGACCUCGAAGUUGCCGUGAAAAACUGUUUGAAGUAUUUUAAUGUAGUCACGAUUAAACCAGAACAACAGAGAAUAUUAGAUGCUAUCCUCACAUACAAGGACUGCAUGGCUGUUCUUCCUACGGGGUUUGGAAAGUCGCUUCCGUACCAGUUACUUAUUCCAGUCAAAAAAGAAUUGGGACAAAACGACGGAAAGAAAGUAAUCAUUUGCUCGCCUCUGAUAGCCUUGAUGAAAGAUCAAUGUGAACGUUCGAGUCAAAUUUCCGGCAUCAAAGCAGUUUAUUUAGGAGGUGGUUGUAGGGAUCCGGCUGUUGAACGGGGUGAAUUUGACUCCCUUUUCGCUGCCCCAGAGAUGCUAGUUGGAGAUCAGCACUGGAGAUCAGUUUGUCAAAAGUUUAAAGUUUCCACUAUAGUUAUUGAUGAAUUUCACACUAUAGCUACAUGGGGAGAAGAUGAAGGAGGAAAAAAAGCUUUUAGGAAAUGGUUUUCCUACAUUGGAGAAAUGCGUUCCUUGUACCCUGAGGCAAGUGUCCUUGCUCUAAGCGCCACAUGUACUCAGAAAAUCAGUUCACGUGUAAAGAAAAUCCUGAAUUUUUCUACGAACAUAAUCGAAAUAUGUGUUUCUCCAAACAAAGAAAACAUAAAAAUUGUGGUUCAAAAGAUACCAAAUUCUAUUGAAAUGGCAUUAGGCUGGAUAAUAGAAGGUUUGCAUGAUGGAAAGAACUUUGAUUUACUGCAUGUCAAUUAA